CAGCCCUAUUUUACGGGUGGGGCGGUGGAGCAGGAGGCGGAGCUGAGAGCGCCCCUCCUGGCGGGGCUGGGCUUUAAGCCGGGCGGGAGCCUGGAGCCGCAGCCUCCGCCAAGCAGCCUGGAGCCAGUUCCCAAGCCGGAUCGCAGGCCCCGUGGGAGCCGAGCCGAGCUCGCCUCCUAGCACGAGUCGGAGUGCGCUCGGACCUCCUAGCACGAGUCGGAGUGCGCUCGGAGCCCGCGUGUCAGCCGCAUCUCCCCGGCACUGUCGGAGGCAGAAAGCCGCGACCUCCUGGGUACCACUGAGCUCGGAGCCUUCAUCGUCUCUACCAGGCCUGGUGACGGCCUCAGCACGCAGGAGGUCCGGCAAUCAAGAUCUCCACCGUCACGGCCUGGGGACGGAAAAGGGAAAAAGGAUUCCAUCGAAGAGCAUAGCGUGAACACUGGGCAGGGAGGAGAGUGGAGACUUCGCCUGGCACCCGGAAAGGUGUACGGAGCUUCCUAGGCCAGGCUUGAACAUCAGAGUUCCUGGCCUCCCAGUCAGCAGCCACGAUCUCGGAUCUGCCUGUUCUCCAGAACACGAUCAACUUAGCUUCCAGAGCUCCACCGGCCAAGGCCUGGAAGAGCAUCGGUGCCCUCACCUGAGACUGACCCAGGGUUCAAGAAACAGUGUCUAGCCUGGCCCAGUGUCUAGCCUCUCUGGUGGCUCGGAGCUGGUCACUGGGGAGCCUGCCUCCUGCUCUAGCCCUAUUGGUGCGGAUGUGCCGCUGUCCUCUGGAGCACCAUGAAGGCAGGAUGACCUCAGCCGAAGCAGUAGCAGUGACUGGAAGUACUCGGGUGGCUGGACCCCCCGAGUGGUCCCCUGGCAGCCCCCAGGUCCUCAGGCAAUCUGGCAGGACCCGAGUGGCUGUGGCAGCGCUGGUGUGGCUGCUGGCAGGAGCCAGCAUGUCAAGCCUCAACAAGUGGAUCUUCACCGUGCAUGGCUUCGGGCGGCCUCUGCUGCUAUCAGCGCUACACAUGCUGGCGGCAGCACUGGCGUGCCACUGGGGGGCACGGCGCCCCAUGCCACACACCACCCGCUGCCAAGUGUUGCUGCUCAGCCUCACCUUUGGCACCUCAAUGGCCUGUGGCAAUGUGGGCCUAAGCACUGUACCCUUGGACCUGGCACAGCUGGCCACUACCACCACUCCACUGUUCACACUGGCCCUGUCUGCACUGCUGCUUGGCCGUCGCCACCAUCCCCUGCAAUUUGCUGCCAUGGGCCCUCUCUGCCUGGGGGCUGCCUGCAGCCUGGCUGGAGAACUUCGGGCACCACCUGCAGGCUGUGGCUUCUUGCUGGUGGCCACCUGCCUCCGAGGCCUCAAGUCGGUUCAGCAGAGUGCCCUGCUACAGGAGGAGAGGCUGGAUGCCGUGACCUUGCUGUACGCCACCUCGAUGCCCAGCUUCUGCCUGCUGGCAGGUGCCACCCUGGUGCUGGAGGCUGGUGUGGCCCUUCCACCUGUGCCCACUGACUCCCGCCUCUGGACCUGUGUCCUGCUCAGCUGCAUCUUGUCUGUGGUCUAUAACCUGGCCAGUUUCUCCUUGCUGGCCCUCACCUCUGCUCUCACUGUCCAUGUCCUGGGCAACCUCACCAUUGUAGGCAACCUCAUCUUGUCCCGACUCCUGUUUGGCAGCCACCUCAGCGCCCUCAGCUACAUGGGCAUUGCUCUUACCCUUUCAGGAAUGUUCCUUUACCACAACUUCGAGUUUGUGGCCUCAUGGGCUGUCCGCUGGGGACUGUGGCAGAGAGACCAGCCUGACAAAAGGCUUUGAGACCUGGAGGAACUCAUGAGUCUCACCUAGGACAUCCCCAGCCUGAGUCUAACCAUGGCCAAUGGCUGUGGGAACAAUGGAGAGCAGGCACCUGCUACUGGGGCCAAGAGAGAUGGGCACCGUUUGGUAGGUCUGCUUGGGAGGCUGGAACAGGGUCUCCCAGAGAGACCUGCCUCCCUCCCUGCCUGUCUCACCUUGUCACAGACCCCACCCACCACUGGAUGGUGGGUCCAAACCAGGCACAGUCACUGUGCUUGUCGGAGUAGUUGUUUUCAUUAAUAACUGCUAUGCCAAAAUUUGCUGGGCAAACUUUGACGACUUCAGCGUGUUAUGAUGAUAAUGAUGGUGAUAAUUCUUGACAGUUGCACAAUCCUUCCUCCAGCAGGGAGGGCAGCGGAGAAAGGGCUUCUUCCAGGCAGUUGGGAUAGUCUGUGCCAACUCUAGGCAGCUGCUGUGGCCUCACUCCCAGGCCCCCCAGUUUUGGGUCUUCCGUCCUUAAAUAAACUAUUUUUGCUUGGA